AUGACACCUCUUGUUCACUUGAUUGACCGAUGUUCACCGUCUACCGAUCAUUUGGAGAAUGAGGUGAAAAAGCAAAACUCUCCGUCUCUGUAUCACCACCACGCCGCGGUAAAGGGGAGUUCGUCCGAAGCGAGCUUUUUUUGGUGA